UCAAUAGAGGAAAGCGAAUGUACAGUGGUCGAAGAAACUUAUGUCGCGUGAUGUCCGUACAAACAAAAUAUUCCAAAUCCCAAUAUACCGUACCACACGAACCUCACCACCUCACCGUUAUAACAAAACAAAGAAACAAAAGAGCAAAACCCUGCAUCUCCCUCCUCUCUCUCUCUCUGGGUUUAAGCAAACGAAAAAACGAAAUGGCGUCGGCACGAUCACCGUCGUCUUCUCCUCCGUCUCUGCCACUGCAACUACCGGCGCCAACAGUUUCUGGAGGAUGGUGGAAUCCUCUGCAGAGAGUGUCGUUGUACGUGGGUGAUUUGGACCCUGAUGUUACAGAGGUUGACCUCUUUAACAAAUUCUCUGUCGUUUCACCCGUCGCUUCUCUUCGCCUUUGCCGAUGCCUCCGUACCGGAAAGUCUCUUCGUUACGGUUACAUCAACUUCUUCUCUCAUUCUCAUGCAUCUAAAGCUUUAGCUUGUCUAAACCACACUGACCUGAAGGGAAAACCGGUGAGAAUAAUGUGGUCUCGCAGAGACCCUUUCCUUAGAAAGAUUGGUCUUGCCAAUCUUUUUGUCAAGAACCUGGACCCUUCUAUAAGCAGCGCUUGCUUGGAGGGAAUCUUCUGCCGUUUUGGGACUAUUCUUUCUUGUAAGGUUGUUGAAGAAAAUGGCAAGAGUAAAGGAUUUGGAUUUGUACAGUUUGAUUCAGAGGCAUCAGCUAUGACUGCAUUAACCGCUCUCCAUGAUACUAUGCUUGAAGGGAGGAAGUUAUAUGUUUCCAAAUUUGUCAAGAAGAGAGAGAGGACAGCAGCUUCUGAAGAAGAGAAGUUCACUAAUCUAUAUGUGAAAAAUCUGUUUGAUGGCGUGACAGAGGAUUUCCUUGAAGAAGUGUUUUCUAGAUAUGGGAAGGUUUGCAGCGUUGUAAUCAUGAAAGAUGGCAAUGGGAGCUCAAGAGGGUUUGGUUUCGUCAACUUUCAAUCCCCAGAUGAUGCUAAGAAGGCUCUGGAAGCUAUGAAUGGUGUACAACUGGGUAAAAAUGGUUCAAAGAAUUUGUUUGUGGGAAGGGCUCAAAAGAAGGCCGAAAGGACAAAGCUAUUGAAACAUAAGUACAAAGAUGUGUUCAACGGCCGUUUUGAGAAAUUGAAGGCUUCAAAUCUCUAUGUGAACAACCUCAAUAUAUCCAUUGAUGACAGAAGAUUACAAGAGCUUUUUGGACACUUUGGACGAAUAACCUCAGCUAGGGUGAUGUGCCUUGAAAAUGGGAUGAGUAAGGGAUUUGGCUUUGUGUGCUUUUCCUCCCCUGAAGAAGCGAUGGCAGCUUUACAUGGGCUUAAUGGAACCUUCUUUGAGGGAAGGUUCUUAUAUGUGGCAAUAGCUCAGCACAAAGAAGAUCGCUGCAAGGAAUUGCAAAAUUACCAUGUGCAAAACACCCCCAUACUGUCCUCAUAUCAAUCUAGUUGCAAUGCUGUUACCCCUCCGUUCCACCCAUUUUACUUCAAGUACACUCCUUGCCUUCCUCUUUUCCCUCUUCUGCGCCAGCCAUCCCUAUAUCAGCAUUUUGUUGCAAACAUGGGCAUUCAGUAUCCUUUUGUACCAACACAUGAGCAACAAAACUUCUCAUAUGAUCUUAUUAGACACAUCCAUCCAAGCGUUUCUGGUAUCAGAAGAGAUUGGGUGUAUAGACAGCAUUCUAUGACAUAUAACUCUAAUGUUCGAAUCCGAGAGCUGAACCAAGUCAAUUUUGGGAGUAAGAAAGUAGUUUUUAGGAAGAAGGGGAACAAACGGUGUGAACCUGCAGAAAAUUCCUGUGUAGCACUAGCAGCUAUUUAAUCUAUUACUGCAGCAACAUCCCCCGGAAACUCUAAGAAAAACAAUGAAAAUAUAACUCAACCAUUUGUAGAGAAUCUUCAGCCUGAAAAUGCAACGAAGCUAACAGGAGUGCUGCUGGAGAUGAAUUCUGAUGUACUCAAGCGGCUUAAUUCUCCAAAUUCCUUGGCUGUGCAAGACACGUCAGUUCAAGUUCU